UUGGACUCAACCACAUUCUGAUCAUCCUGAAUAAUUUAAGAUUUCUGCUUUUACAUUCUGAUCAGGAGGAAAUAAACAUAUUACAUGCAUGGUUCAAAAUUUCUUUAAAGGUUUCUGAAAUAACGUUCCUGAUCACUAAGACUUGUCAAAAUAAAAUUUUUAGAUAUCUGAAUAAAAAACUCCAUGUAAACAAACAGGAACUUCAUGAAGGUGAAAACUGCUGCAGAAAUCUACAAAGAAUUUCCUUUUUAUUCUCUGCAAGACACAAACAUUGCACUUAAAAACGGUUUUGAAAAGAAAACUGCGGUCACUAACAAGCUCAAAAUGAAACAUCUUUUUAAUUAAAAUUUUCAAAUGCUACAUAAAUCUGUGACGUUUUGGCUGAAUAAUUGUUCCUCUUAUCUGUGACAUCACUCUGACUAGUCAGAAUAUUAAUUCAAGAUAUUUGAACUAGAAAUGCAAUCUAGAUUGAAAAAAUGUUCUAGAUAUUGCUAAUUCAUUUGGGAAUAUCUGAAAGGAAUUGUAAUGAGUCAAAGCUACACUUCUAUAAAUCUGUUAGUUUUGUUCAGUUAUUAUUUUCAUUCUGCAAGUUAAUUUGCACCAAUUGGAUUUACUUUAGACAUAAUUUAAUCGUUAAUAUUCAAAAUAAAGGUUUCAGAUGGUCAGUACUGCAAAAAUCUUGAAUUGAGACUUGGUGCUAAUCUGACGUCAUUUCUUCCUAAGUUAAUUAUAGAUUUCUUAAUUUGAUCAAUGUCUUAUUCUUGAUUAAUCUAGUCAAACUAUUUUCAAAUAUCUGCACUGGUCAUGUGGUGAAGCAGAUUUUAUGUUAAAACGGCCUGCCAUAGAACCACGUGACUCAGCCCCGCGCCUUUACUCCAGCUCUGACGUCGCUCUGGAAGCGGGACUUUUCCUGCUCUUAUUUUGAAGUGAAUAGCGGAAGUUGGGUGUGUUUGGGUCGGAGAGGAGCGGGAGCGGCGGGACACGAGCCGCUGAGAGAGGGGCGCGAGACACAAACACCAACAGGAUGGACGGAGGAAGUCCCGCCUCCGACUCACUUCCUGUUCCCACCGACCCGGUCCAGAUGGGUCCAGACUCUCAGAACCAGGAGGCGGUUCAUAGCGGACCCGACUGCCUGUCUGGGUCAGCAGAACCUCCUUCAAGCCCACAAUCAACCAGACCAGAACCUCCUGGUUCUGAGCAGACGGAACCAGGAGGUUCUGCAGGACCAGAAUCAGCUCCAGAAACAAGUUCAGGCCUGGUUCUCCAGAACCCAGAAGCCUCUACAGAUCAGGAUGAGGAGGAACCCGGUUCUGAUCCGUCUGAGGUUCUGACUGCAGGACCAGAGGAACCUGGAGUCCAUCAGAACCUGCAGUGUUCAGAAGAACUCCAUCAGAACCCUGGUGAGGUUCUGUCGGCAGAGGAAGCCGGUUCUGCUGCGUCCUGUUUAGGUCGACCCGGCCGUACGGAGUGCCUGGACCUCCAGAACCGUCAGGCCCCGCCCCCCGGCGGCCAGGUGUGGCCCCGCCCCCCCGGCGCUGCAGGUGAGCCCAGGCUGUGCGGCUUCCUGCAGAAGCAGGCGGGGCCCCUGAGGGCCUGGAAGCGGCGCUGGUUCAGCUACGAACAGAACCAGAACCAGCUCUUCUACUUCCGCUCACCGCAGGAUGUGGCGCCGCUGGGCCGGAUCCGACUGAGCGGCGCCACCUUCACCUGUCCGCUGAACGCCGAGAGCGGCACCUUCCACAUCCAGACGCCCGAACGCACCUUCAUCCUCAAGGCGGUGAGUCAGGAGCUGAUGCUGUACUGGCUGCAGCAGCUGCAGGUGAAGCGCUGGCAGCACCGUGACACGUCUACUGGACCAGACCAGACCAACACCAACAACAACAACCUGACAGACGACUUCCUGCCGAGGCAGCAUGGUCCUGUGGGCCUGGUGGGGGAGGCGGCGGCCGCCGCUCCGGCCCAGCGCUCGACGCUUGCCAGCGUCUCCAUCAAACACCCGCUCAUCCAGAUCCAGAACUCGGUCCACAGUCUGAGGAAGAGAACGUCUCAGGACUCCAGUCAGAGCUCAGUGUUCUACACCGAUGUUCUGCCCUGGACCGGAACCGGGCCGGAGGACAGCGGCGCCCCCGCAGAUGGCCCCGCGGCCGACGCCGCAGGUCAGAGGUCGGCGUCUCCGUCCCUCAGCUGGAGGUCCAAGUCCCGGGUCUCGUCCUCCGUGUCGGUCCCCUACGGGGUCGCGGCGUCCUCGGAGCGGACGUCCCGCCUGCAGCAGGACAAGCAGAUGCUGAUGGAGGAGGUCAAGGCUCAGAAGGAGCUGGUCUGGAUCCUCCACAAGGCCCUGGAGGCGUCGCAGCUGGAGAAGCGCAGCUGCAGCGAGUUCCUGGCGGCGCAGGACGAGCGGCGGCGCCUGGAGCUGCUGCGGCACGGCGAGCGGCUGGCGGCGGACCUGAGGGCCCGGCUGGACGGCGCCAAGAUGGAGGCCGAGGCGCUGAGGCGUCGCCUGGACGACAGAGACGCUCAGCUGGCCGAGCUGCAGGAAGAGGUCAGGCUGCUGGAGGAGAAGAACGCCGCCAAGCAGCAGGUGAUCAUGAAGCUGACUGAUCAGGUGACCUCCUGCCUGUCGGACUCCUCUGGUUCCGACCAGAACCAGAACCAUCAGAACCACAAGCAGCUCCAGCAGCAGAUGGAGAAUCUCAAGGACGACUUGGCGGCGUAUCAAACCCAGAACCGGUUCCUGAACUCUGAGAUCUACCAGCUGACCAAACUGUGGAGGAAAAGCUCCGAGCAGGAGAGGAGCCUGAUGGUGAAGUGUGCGUACCUGGAGGCCACCAACUGCCAGAUGGAGAGCCGUUACCUGGGUGUCCUGCGGAGGCUGCAGGAGGCCAAAGCUCUGGCUCCGGAGCAGCAGGAGGCCGUGCAGCGGCUGAUCCAGGACGCCCUGGGAAGAGAGGCCAAGGGUGUCGUGAAGCUGAGCGCGGACAGGGAUCACGACGAGUAUGGCUUUAAGAUCGUCCCCGACUACGAGGUGGAGGACAUGAAGCUGCUGGCUAAGAUCCAGGCGCUGGAGAUCCGGGGCCACAGCCUGCUGCAGCAGGACAGCAUGGAGCGCCCCCUGCUGGCCCGCUGGGCGCAGUAUCUGGCCGGCCGUUCUGAGGACGACCUGUGUCCGUCUCCGGAGGUCAAGGCUCUGCUGCGCUCCGGCGUCCCUCAGCAGUACCGGCAGAGAGUGUGGCGCUGGCUGGUCCGGACCAGAACCAGAACCGUCUGGGAGCGCCACCCCCAGCGGUACCAGCAGCUGUGCGAGAAGAGCCGGACGUCGCCGCACCCGGCCUGCAGGCAGAUCCAGCUGGACCUGCACAGAACCCUGACCACCAAUCAGAACUUCUCCUCACCCUCAAGCCCCGCCCUCCAGCAGCUGCGCCGCGUCCUGCUGGCGUUCUCCUGGCAGAACCCGGCGGUCGGCUACUGCCAGGGGCUUAACAGGCUGGCGGCUGUCGCCCUACUGGUACUGCAGAGUGAGGAAGACGCCUUCUGGUGCCUGGUGGCGCUGGUGGACGCCAUCAUGCCUCAGGACUACUACACCAAGAACCUCCUGGCCUCUCAGGCCGACCAGCGGGUCCUGAAGGACUUUAUGGCAGAGAAACUCCCCCGGCUGGCGGCGCACCUGGAGGGUCACGGGGUCGACGUGUCGCUGGUCACCUUCAACUGGUUCCUGGUCGUCUUCGUGGAGAGUCUGCCCAGCGACAUCCUGCUGCCGCUGUGGGACGCCUUCCUGUACGAGGGCUCCAAGGUGAUCUUCAGGUUCGCUUUGGCUCUGUUCAAGUACAAAGAAGACGACCUGCUGAAGAUCCACGACAACGUGGAGAUCUACCAGUACCUGCGCUUCUUCACCAAGACCGUCACCGACAGCAGGAAGUUGGCGGCCAUUGCUUUCUGCGACAUGAACCCGUUCCCGCGGCGCCUGCUGAGGAACCGGCGCGCGCUGCACCUGGAGCGCCUGCAGGGGGAGCUGCAAGAGCUGGAGGAGCAGCAGAAGGAGUUUGUGACAGAGAGCGCCGAGCGGAAAGACAAGGAGCUGGACCCCGCCAGCGAAGACGAUGACGAGCUUUAAUGAGAGGAAACCCGGGAGCGCUCCCUGAUUGGCUCCCUGGUUGGCUCCCUGGUUGGCUCCCUGAUUGGCUCCCUGGUUGGCUCCCUGGUUGGCUCCCUGGACCCGGACAUUGUUAUCAAAGCUCUAAAUAAAUGUUCUGCAGGUUCAAAUUCCUGCUUCUUCAUUAAACCAGAACAUUUCUUGUUUUUAUCAGGUCGACAACAACAGAAGCUAACAGAAGCUAACCCUUAAUAUGACAUCACUAAAAUUCUUAGAUUUUCUCAGGGAUUAGAAGCAUCUCAGUUCUUUAGGAAAACCCUAAGUAGAUUUUCUUAUCAACUUAAUUAGUUUGCUAAGGUGAUGAAAUGUUGCAGCAGAGGGGCGGAGCUUCAGGGUGAAGCAGGAAGAUGGAGGACAGACGGAGCUCUGCCAGCAGCAGGCUCUGGAUUCUCUGAUCGCUUGGUUUCCAGUUCAAUAUUUCUUUCCAGACCUUCUCACUUCCAUCGUAGAUUUAUCCAAACCUUAAAUAACCGAGUAAAACAUCAUAAAUAAACUCUGUUAUUAUAAA